AAGAGACCCAGUUCCCUCAGUCUCGCCUCAUACGGCUUUCAUCCUGGCUAUAUCAUUGUUGGACUAGAUACUGGUUGCUGGGAGGAAACCCUUAUUGCCACGCAGGACCAGUGCUAUGAGCUAAUAAAGACUUUGGAGUUCACAGGAAAUUAUUUUGAACAACGUUGGUGAAAAUGUCCACUCCUGAUCCUCCAAUGGGAGGGACACCUCGUCCUGGGCCUUCUCCUGGGCCGGGGCCAUCUCCUGGUGCUAUGCUGGGCCCCAGUCCUGGACCAUCCCCUGGUUCCGCACAUAGCAUGAUGGGCCCCAGCCCUGGGCCACCGUCAGCAGGGCACCCUAUGCCACCACAAGGGCCUGGAGGUUAUUCUCAGGACAACUUGCAUCAGAUGCAUAAGCCAAUGGAUUCCAUGCAUGAGAAGGGACUCUCUGAGGAUCCUCGUUACAGCCAAAUGAAAGGCAUGGGAAUGAGGGCUGGUGGGCACACAGGAAUGGGGCCUCCUCCAAGCCCAAUGGAUCAGCAUUCUCAAGGUUACCCUUCUCCACUUGGUGGUUCUGAGCAUGCAUCAAGUCCAGUUCCAGCUAAUGGUCCUUCUUCUGGACCCCAGAUGCCAUCUGGUCCUGGUGGAGUUCCAUUAGAUGGUACUGACCCACAAGCACUAGGACAGCAGAAUCGGGGCCCAACUCCUUUUAACCAGAAUCAGCUGCAUCAGUUGAGGGCUCAAAUCAUGGCUUACAAGAUGCUUGCCAGAGGCCAACCUUUACCUGAUCAUGUUCACAUGGCAGUACAGGGAAAAAGGCCAAUGCCUGGAAUGCAGCAGCAAAUGCCAACACUACCUCCACCUACUGUAUCUGGAACAGGACCAGUGCAAGGACCAGGGCCUGCCCCUGGACCAACACCUCCAAACUACAACAGACCUCAUGGUAUGGGAGGGCCUAACAUGCCCCCUCCUGGACCCUCAGGAGUUCCUCCAGGAAUGCCUGGGCAACCCCCUGGUGGACCCCCAAAGCCCUGGCCUGAAGGACCAAUGGCAAAUGCUGCAGCCCCCACUAGCACACCUCAGAAACUGAUCCCUCCUCAGCCAACAGGCCGUCCUUCACCAGCACCUCCAGCUGUACCUCCAGCAGCUUCCCCUGUAAUGCCUCCCCAAACCCAAUCACCUGGGCAACCAGCCCAACCUACCCCAAUGGUGCAGCUCCAUCAGAAGCAGAAUCGCAUUACUCCAAUCCAGAAACCAAGAGGACUUGAUCCAGUUGAAAUUCUUCAGGAGAGAGAAUACCGACUACAGGCUCGCAUUGCCCACAGAAUCCAAGAACUUGAAAACCUUCCUGGGUCCCUGGCUGGUGACCUGCGAACCAAAGCUACUAUUGAACUGAAAGCACUACGAUUGCUUAAUUUCCAGAGGCAGCUGCGUCAAGAAGUUGUGGUGUGCAUGAGAAGAGAUACUGCUCUGGAAACAGCACUGAAUGCUAAGGCAUAUAAACGUAGCAAGCGGCAGUCCCUACGGGAAGCUCGCAUCACUGAGAAGCUGGAGAAGCAACAGAAGAUUGAACAAGAACGGAAACGCCGACAAAAGCAUCAGGAGUACCUCAAUAGCAUUCUCCAGCAUGCUAAGGAUUUCAAAGAAUACCACCGAUCUGUCACAGGCAAGAUUCAAAAACUUACAAAGGCUGUGGCCACCUAUCAUGCCAAUACUGAGCGUGAGCAGAAGAAGGAGAAUGAGAGAAUUGAGAAGGAGAGAAUGCGCAGGUUGAUGGCUGAAGAUGAAGAAGGAUACCGUAAGCUUAUUGAUCAAAAGAAAGAUAAACGCUUAGCGUACCUGCUUCAGCAAACAGAUGAAUACGUGGCCAACCUCACAGAGCUGGUGAGACAGCACAAAGCUGCACAAGUUGCAAAAGAGAAGAAAAAAAAGAAGAAAAAGAAGAAGGCUGAGACUGCAGAAGGGCAGACACCAGCUAUUGGACCAGAUGGUGAACCUUUAGAUGAAACCAGCCAAAUGAGUGACCUCCCUGUGAAAGUGAUUCAUGUAGAGAGUGGGAAAAUUCUUACUGGCACAGAUGCACCAAAGGCAGGACAACUGGAUACCUGGUUAGAAAUGAAUCCUGGAUAUGAAGUAGCACCAAGAUCUGACAGUGAAGAAAGUGGAUCAGAGGAAGAGGAAGAGGAGGAGGAAGAGGAACAACCACAGCCUUCCCAGUCUGCAUUACCUGUGGAAGAGAAGAAAAAGAUUCCCGAUCCAGACAGUGAUGAUGUUUCAGAAGUGGAUGCAAGGCAUAUUAUUGAGAAUGCAAAGCAAGAUGUUGAUGAUGAAUAUGGAGUGUCUCAAGCCCUGGCAAGGGGGUUGCAGUCUUACUAUGCUGUGGCUCAUGCAGUCACUGAAAGGGUGGACAAGCAGUCCUCACUCAUGGUGAAUGGUGUCCUCAAACAGUAUCAGAUUAAAGGUUUAGAGUGGCUAGUAUCUUUAUAUAAUAAUAAUCUAAAUGGCAUCCUGGCAGAUGAAAUGGGCUUGGGCAAGACGAUCCAGACCAUUGCUUUAAUUACAUACCUCAUGGAACACAAACGUAUCAAUGGACCCUUUCUCAUUAUAGUACCUCUGUCAACUCUGUCAAAUUGGGCAUACGAAUUUGAUAAAUGGGCUCCUUCUGUAGUGAAGGUCUCAUACAAGGGCUCUCCGGCUGCAAGACGGGCGUUUGUACCUCAGCUUCGAAGUGGGAAGUUUAAUGUUUUGCUUACUACAUAUGAAUAUAUCAUCAAAGAUAAGCACAUUCUUGCAAAGAUUCGUUGGAAGUACAUGAUUGUUGAUGAAGGCCACCGUAUGAAAAAUCACCACUGCAAGCUAACCCAGGUCCUAAACACACACUACGUAGCUCCACGUCGUCUGCUGUUGACAGGGACUCCACUACAGAAUAAGCUACCAGAACUCUGGGCUCUGCUCAACUUCCUCCUUCCAACUAUCUUCAAGAGCUGUAGCACAUUUGAGCAGUGGUUUAAUGCUCCUUUUGCCAUGACAGGAGAAAAGGUGGAUUUGAAUGAAGAAGAAACUAUUCUGAUUAUCCGUCGUUUGCACAAAGUGUUGCGUCCCUUCCUGCUAAGAAGGUUAAAGAAAGAAGUGGAAGCACAGCUGCCUGAAAAGGUAGAAUAUGUGAUUAAGUGUGACAUGUCUGCAUUACAAAGGGUACUGUAUAGACAUAUGCAAGCCAAGGGUGUGCUGCUUACAGAUGGGUCAGAGAAGGACAAAAAGGGCAAAGGUGGUACGAAAACACUUAUGAACACUAUUAUGCAGCUAAGGAAGAUUUGCAACCAUCCAUACAUGUUUCAGCAUAUAGAGGAAUCAUUUUCUGAACACUUGGGCUUCACUGGAGGGAUUGUGCAAGGACUUGACCUAUACCGUGCUUCAGGGAAAUUUGAACUCCUAGAUCGGAUUCUUCCUAAGCUACGAGCUACUAACCACAAGGUGCUACUGUUCUGUCAGAUGACAUCCCUCAUGACCAUAAUGGAAGAUUAUUUUGCUUAUCGUGGCUUCAAAUACCUCAGACUUGAUGGGACCACUAAAGCAGAAGAUCGUGGCAUGUUGCUGAAAACCUUCAAUGAGCCAGGCUCUGAAUAUUUCAUUUUUCUACUGAGCACCCGAGCAGGGGGCUUGGGACUGAACCUGCAGUCGGCUGACACUGUGAUAAUUUUUGACAGUGACUGGAAUCCUCACCAGGACUUGCAGGCACAAGAUCGGGCCCAUCGCAUUGGACAGCAGAAUGAAGUGCGUGUGCUGCGGCUCUGUACCGUGAACAGUGUGGAGGAGAAGAUACUCGCUGCAGCCAAGUACAAGCUCAAUGUUGAUCAGAAAGUCAUCCAGGCUGGCAUGUUUGACCAGAAGUCGUCCAGCCAUGAAAGGCGAGCUUUCCUCCAGGCUAUCUUGGAACAUGAGGAGCAGGAUGAGACCAGAUACAGCACGGGCAGCGGCAGUGGCAGCGCAAGCUUUCCCCACACUGCCUCAACCCUGUGCCUCAACUCCGACUUGGAGGAGCCACCUGUAAAGGAAGAAGAUGAAGUUCCUGAUGAUGAAACAGUUAACCAGAUGAUUGCCCGGCAUGAGGAGGAGUUUGAUCUUUUUAUGCGCAUGGACUUGGACCGUAGACGAGAAGAAGCACGCAAUCCAAAGCGAAAGCCACGUCUGAUGGAAGAGGAUGAAUUGCCCUCUUGGAUCAUUAAAGAUGAUGCUGAAGUGGAAAGACUAACAUGUGAGGAAGAAGAAGAGAAGAUGUUUGGGCGAGGUUCCCGUCACCGUAAGGAAGUGGACUAUAGUGACUCGCUGACUGAGAAGCAGUGGCUCAAGAUACCAGCUGUGCUGCAUAUGAAUUCCAAGGAUGGGAGACUGAAGCUCAGAUCCUGGAUCUACCUUUAAGUGCUUUCCAGCUUAUCUGAUGGCAGUGCUGUAGAAGACCUAUCAACCACUCCAGACCUUACUCUAACUAACUAGAUUCCUGGCUGGCUAUCAAUUCUGGGGAAGCAAAGAAGAUUCACAGAGGUGGUACAGAGUUUUCCACACCUCAGAUCUGCAAGGUAUAGUCGCAGUGACUAGGCUUAGGAGCCUUGUUUUGUCCUGUCCGGAUUACAACAUUUUCAGGAUGCACUAGGCACAGUGCUUCAGAAUUCAUACAGACAACACUUCUACAUCAAUCUAGUGAUUUUUCAGGUGUUCCCGAACCUUAGGAGACCAGCUUGGGUCUUUUUCACCAAGUAGAACAUUGCUUACUGGUCCUGAUUUGAGUUUGACAUGGGUUCAAAACCUUGCUGAAAACAUGCUCAGUACUUCGGCGCUUUGGAUUUGAGUUUACUUUCAUUUUUGUGCUUUAACCUGUGAGCCCUGACAUUGAAAGAUUCAUGGCAACAACUUUCCUUUGCAGGUGAAGAUGCUGUGAAAAAGCCUUUGUGAAUAUACACUGCAGACAGUGGAUUUGAAGUCCUACAAGCUAUAAAAUAUCUGCUGAUGGAGGCAAAAAUCCAAACACACCCAGCUGUUUCUCAUUGCAUCAAACAGACUUCUAACAUUAACUUUGGAAUUGCAAAAUUCUUACUUCAGCAGUAUUUAUAGGUUCAAGUUGACUUCUGCACCCAGAUCUGGUAUACUGUGAUGUUCCAUGUACUGCCUUUAGAGCGUAUCAUCAGAUCAGUCUGUGGGCAUGGAAACUAUGCAGCUGCCUAGAAAUGAGCUGUUCAGGUGGUGAUCUGCUUUAUUUGUUGCCUGUGUGCUGAGCAGGCAGACAAGGAGGGAUCAAGGUGCAUAUUUCAGAGUGCUGUGUGAUUUCUGAGAAUGGCCUACUUUUUACUAGGAAGACCCAGAACUCAUGUGCAAAUGAAAUAAUUACAAAAACCACGAACAAAACUCAGGAUUCUGAAGUUCUUGGCAUGUCCUACUGUCUUCUAUCCAGUCAGGUCUGAAGUACCAUUAGCUAAUCAUCAGAAGGUUACUUUUGAGAAAUCUAGAAGCUUGCUGUUAUGGAAUGUCUGUGUCUGGCACAACCUUGCGUGUGUAGGGUAGUUGUUUUAGGGUCAUGGACCUUCCUAACCACCUUGGUGACUGGACCACUGCCCAGCAACAAAUAGAACAGAAUAUUUGAUCUGAGGCAUAAAUUUUCCUUCUGCUUGUUUAAUGGGCAGUAAUCCAGAACCUGCCUGUUUUGGGGUGGUCUGUUGACUUCCGUGUUCUUGCUGUGUGGGGUCUUCAUUGCUAGGCUAAGACUAAGUGGUUGUCCAGAGGAAGAGAUGGUGACCUCUUAGUCCAUCCCAGAGACAUUUUCCUCAACAUCUGCCCCCUGUUGACUGGGCAGGAAACGUGCCCCGUGUCUGGACCGCUACCUAUCAAACAAAUAG